GGCCUCGUCUUCGCUUGUGAAUCUCUGUGGUCCUUGCAACGGUGGCUCAGGAACGGCUAAGAUGCGGGCUGCUCAAUUUGUUCCAGCUUUUCUUGUUUUUGUCGUCGUCCGGGCGGCCCUUGCACAAGUGAAGAUACGUCUUGGCCGAAUGCAGUCGGCUCGAGAAAACAUCGUUGGAAACAAGCUUCCACUGGGACGCGUAUGGCCUCCGGUGCUCGGAAGGCCUCACGGAGAGGGCAUCAUAACUGAAAACUUGAGAAACUUUCUGGACGCUCAGUAUUACGGCAACGUAAGCAUCGGAACGCCGCCGCAGACCUUCCGAGUAGUGUUCGACACCGGCUCUUCAGAUCUAUGGGUACCUUCGGCCAGGUGUCCCCCGGAAAGUGUGGCUUGUAGGGCCCACGACCGCUAUGACUGCUUCGGCUCGGAGACGUACGUGGAGCACGGCCAACCAUUCCUCAUCAGCUACGGCAGCGGCAGCAUCAUUGGCAAAGUCAGUCGCGAUGUUGUGGCUCUCGAAGAGUACCGAGUGCGGGGCCAGUACUUCGGCGAGGCCUGGACAAUGAUCGGCGACCUGUUCAUCUCCUCCAAGUUCGACGGCGUGCUCGGUCUGGGAUACCCGCAAAUUGCGCUGAUGCCUGGCCUGCCCCUUUUCGACAACAUGAUUGCGCAGGGGGUCGUGGCUCGACCACUCUUCUCGGUCUACAUCAAGAGAGACGCCAGCAGCAGUGACGGCGGUGAGAUCCUCUUUGGUGCCGUCGACGAUGACCGCUACGAUGGGAACCUCAGCUACGUGCCCGUCAGCGAGAAGGGAUACUGGCAGUUCGACGUGGACGGAAUUCAAGUUGGAUACGACAGCAGUUUCUGUCAUGGUGGUUGCCAGGCUAUCGCAGACACAGGCACCAGCGCGAUAGCUGGCCCCGUGAACGAGAUCAGACGGCUGAACCACAUGAUUGGCGCCACUAAGUCGUCGUACGAUUUGCUCGUCGUAAACUGCGAAAGCCUCCGUAGUUUGCCGAAGAUUGCGUUCAUAAUUGGAGGGAAGCGGUACGUGCUGAGACCAAAGGACUACAUCCUCCAGUGGGAGCUGGAUGGCGAAAAGACGUGCCUGAGCGGAUUCAUGGGCCACGACACGAAGACGUCGCUCUGGAUUCUGGGAGACGUGUUCCUCGGUCGCUACUACACGGUGUUUGACCGUGGGAACGACCGCCUGGGAUUCGCCGAGGCCCGCUGACCGCCUAGUGCGGAGCUCACGGCGUUGGGGCCGAUCUGAGGCGCCCGCCUCGUUAACGCUGCCCCACCACAAUUGGUCGGUCCGCAAUAAAUACUAAGUUGGCCUGCAAAGAAAUGCAAGCGCCCGCUG